AUGGACCAUUAUCUAGGGCUUUUUCAAGGAGUGCUCUUUGUAAUAUUCGCUCCCUCACCUCACCUCCUAUCGGCGAACUUAGGUCAUCUCUUUCCAUCGGCGACCUCGGCUCAUCUCUUUCCACCAGCGACCUUGGGCUCACCUCACCUCACUGAAGACUGCAACGACUGCUCAACUUUACAAGCCCUAAGUACGAUUAAGGUAUGUUUUGGUUUACAAGCCCUACCUUAUCUUUAUCUCGACACUUCUCAACAACAGUCGUCGACUUACUCCGCCGACCGCUGUUCUCCACAUCUCCAACUUCUUGCCUUCCCAUGCCCCACCCUUUCUUUAUACUACUUAAAGCCUUUAGAAUUCUCUCCUUGUACACUGCAUUUUCUGAGCUAUUACCACUUCUGGCAGUGGCGCACAACUCCAUUGUUGAAGGUUGAUAAGAUUUGUCAACAAAUCUCUAACACUACCCUUACCAUUGAUAAUUCCAUCACAUUCUCCACCCCUUUUUCUACUUUCACCUCCACUGCAUCUGCAAACUUUGAAGUCAGAAGUCCCUCAAGAAUCCAGGUACAAUUUAAGGAAGGGAGUUUUCAGCCUCCAAAGAUAAAGUCAAAUGUAAGCCUUCCGGAAAGUGUUGAGAUUUUUGGCCAAAAUAUAAAUUUGUCAGUUGUACAGCAAUCUCUGAACCCUUUGCAAGAGGCUGUGGCAAGUUUAGCAGGUGCCAUUUCAGGUCAAGCUCCUCUUAAGAUUCAAAUCCCAGGUGAAAGAACAAAAUCCUGGCUUUUAACCACAUACUUGGACAAGGAUUUAAGGAUUUCCAGAGGAAAUUGGGUCCUCAUUGUCAUUGUUAGGUGGUGUAUGCUUUUGAUCCUACUGAAGUGCGUCACACCUUUAGAGCAGCUGGGGAAAGCUAAUGCUCAAGUCAUUACUUGCCAUCCAUGCCCGGUGGACAGCAGCCCAGUACACCAGGUGUCAAACCAAUGA